AUGAUUGGAGGGAAUGAUAAUGAAGAUGCAAAUCAUGAAGUUGAGUUGACAAGCAUUAACAAUGAAAAUGAGACAAAUGGCGCAAGUCAUAGUACGACUCAAAGCAUGGAUGUUUCCACUGACACCCCCAUUACCAAAAAGACGAAGAAGAGAAAGGCUUCGACAGCUACCAAGGUUAUUGUAGAUAGCUUGGAUGAUAUGACAAGGGUGUUAGGUGAUUGUGUUGCUACUUUUGGUCGUAAGCUCGAUAAUAUUUCACAUAGGGUAGGCCAUGGCCAAGAUGUUUCUGAAUCGAGGAGAAAAAUCUUUGCUAAACUUGAGAAAAUUGGGUGGCUUGAUGAGGAUCUACUAUUUAAGGCUAGUUACAGAAUUGCCUCUAAUCCGGUUAAGGUUGACUUGUUCUUUAACUUGUCUGACGCUUCAAAGUCAUCUUGGUUUCGCAUUUACAUUGAGCAUCUGUGA